AUGGCAACCACCACAGCUUCCUCCAUGUACCCUGAGGAGGAAGCCCACCGGACCCCUUUCCCUCUGACCCCACCUGCUCUGGGGGUUGAGUUCUACCCCUUUGGGGGUGAACGCCGACAGUCUUUUGUGGGCGAUGGGGUCGCCGGGGACGUGGACCCCGAGGAUGCGGAUUUGAGGGUCCUGCUUCAGAGGAAGGAGCAGGAUCUCCUGCUGGCAGCUGAGCUGGGAAAGAUGCUACUGGAGCGGAAUGAAGAGCUGGGCCGGAGGUAUGAGGAGUUGGCCAAGGAGCACACGGAAGCCAUGGAGCGUCUCGAGCAAGAGAAACACGAACUCCGCCGGCGUCUUGAAUCAGGCCAGGCCGAGUUCGAGACUCGUGUGACAGAGCUGGAGACUGACUUGGCUGCCGCCCGGGCCCAGCUGGGACAGCAGCGUGUGGAGCAUCGGGACACCAGCCGCGAGAGCUCACAGGCCGUCCUGGACAUGUCCGAACAGAACCAGCGCCUGGUGGAGCAGCUCAGCCAGGUCUCCCAACUGGAGCAACAGCUGCGGGAAGAACUGAGCCUGCUGCGAGGGGAGAACCGCACCUUGGCCCUCAGCAAUGCUGAACAUGCCGCCCAGACGCAAAGCCUGCAAGCCGAGAAUCUUAUGUUACAGGAGUGGAAGCAAGAUUUGGAGAAGCAGACCCGUCAGCUUCGGGAGGAGAACGAAUCCAUCCAGGCCCUGGUGGACACCUUACACGACAACCUCCUUCUGUUACGCAGAGAGAAUCACGAAAGGGAGCUGCGGAUGCAUCCGCUCGCAGCAGAAGCAGAGGAGCUGCGGGCCUCCAACCGCCGUCUUCACCAUCAGGUCAAGGAGAUGAAGGAAGAGAUCCGGCUGCAUGACGCAGAUACCUCAGUCUCUUCCAUCCAGUCAGAAAUUGAAAGCAGCUUGGAGGAUGCUCCAGGAGCCCCCGGGCAGACCCCAAAGCUGAUGGUCAACGGCACGGGCCAAGUCAGACCAGUUGCGGCGCCUCCAAGGAGUCCUUCACAGAGGUCAGAGGAGGAGGAGGCUGAAUACGCCAAAAGAGUAUUAGCUCUGAGUCAUCAGGAACAAGAUCUACUGAGGCAGAAGGAAAUGGAGAUCAUGAAACUCCAGGAUCAGGUCACUCUGCAAUAUGUGGAACUUUGCAGUUUAAGGGAGGAGAUAAAGAACCAGAGGCGCCUGUAUCAAGAGAGCAAGCGGGAUGAGGCCUUGAAAUUAGCCAUACUGGAUCGGGAUGAGGCGAUAAUAAAGAAAGGUGAGAUGGAAUUGGAGCUGGCAAAAGUCUCGCUGGAACGGGAUUCCCUGAGCCAGCAACUAUUGCGUGUCAUAAGGCAGAAGAUGGCUCUUUCCCAGGAACUAGAAGCUUGGCAGGAUGAUAUUCAAUACAUCAUCCAUCAGCAACUGCUCCAGAAGCAGCAGGAACAGACUUAUACCAUAUCUCCAUCGCCUAAGAGCCCAAACCAAGGCAAAAACCCUCCUUUCUUUCGGCGUGGCACCAGCAUUCCCAGUGGCACCGGCUUCCUCUCCUUCUUCUGGAAAAGCUGA